AUGAAGAGAUACACAAAGGCCUGCGCUGGCCAUAUUAGAACGUUUGGCUCACCGAUUAAUUGCCAAAAACGAUGGCUUUCUUACGACAAAUCCGAAUUGAGCAAAAAGGCCCUUUUGAACCAGAUCGAAUCGGAACUUGAUCGAAUGGCGAGCGGCAAACGGGCGAGAAUCCAUCCUGAGGACAAGACUGUAGACACAGAUGCUGGAAAAUUACCGAUAUCUCCCGUGAUGGACUACAAGUUCAUGCAGGCGAGGCGACGUACGAAGAAAGCGAUGCCCACGGCCAUAUCAGGACAAUUUCGGAAGAAGCUAUCAAAUAACCCAUACGCUGAAGCAUUGAUGGGUCCGACAAGAUGGUGCAAGAACACGAACGCUUGCCUACCUAGAUACUUCUUGCAGGACUUCGAAUUGGUCGAGCACCCAGAUCCUGAGGAGAAGAGCCAAUGGUGGGCACCAGGCCCAUUUUCUUUCUUAAGAGUCAAGCCGAAAAGAGAAGAGCGAGAGGUGGAGAUGGAGUCCAAUGACUUGAAAUCAAUAUGGAAGGGCAUUGAACGAGUGCGGAGGCAGAUCGGACUCGUACAAAUCGAAAUCGAAAAAAUGGCUACAAAAUCCCAAACAACGUCGACCCAAGCAAUACCAGGAGACGCAGGUGUCGAAGCUGAGGCAAGCACAGAAGUAGACGCUGAGGAUGUGGAAACGGACGAGGGACUGAUAGAACGACGAGCACGCAUUGUCGCCUACACUCUCGCGCGCAAAAGUGUAAUCGAUAUGAUCGGAGGAGUCAAUGGAAGGAAAGGUAGCAGGGGUUAUCAAAAAAAGAUGAAUUCCCACCAAGGUAUGGCACACCUUGAACAUGAUGUCGAACGAAAGAUUUUCCGAGCAGACAUGGGCGAUGUACUUCUUGGGAUGAUGCGACGGGUGGCUGUUGAUACACUCAUCACACGCUCUUGCAGGGAAGGUUUAUGGGCACCAAACAAAUUCAUAAGGUCUGUUGCCAGCUGGGAAGAGGCGAAGAACAUCCCAGGAGGUGGAGCAAUUCUUUAUAUUCCGAAGGAGGAUAUGAAGGACAUGAACAGUUAUGCGACUCUUGAUAUAGCAGAUGCUUCUUAUGGCGGUAAGAUGGCAGUUCAUGAUCUGCGAUACUUACUAGGAGAAGAAGAGCUUGAGAGGUUGAGAGAGAAGUCACAGGUAUUCCGAGACCAUGAGAUUUUGGUAUUGAAGAACUUCAGAAGUGGAAGCAUGCGAGCUCUGCAUUUGCUUCUUUGGAGACUGCAAGGAUACUUGGCGUUGCCUCAAAUUGGGCCCAUUGAGGGGAAGCAAUACUAA